AUGUCUCUGAGCCCUCCUCGUCGACCCAGAAACAACUCCCGCGCUAGACCAAUCUAUCAGGUCUACUGGUGCUACCAAUGCCAAAGACAGGUCAGGAUCGCCUCCACACCUGACCCGGUCACCUGCCCGCGCUGCUUCGGGCAGUUCCUCGCCGAAAUGGACAUCACAUUCCGCCCCACUCGCCGCUUCAUCGACUACACUGACUUAUUCGACACCACCCCAGAAGCGCGUUUGCUAGAAGCACUUUCCCUCAUGCUCGACCCGCCCAUCCGCGGACUACUUGACCCGGAACCCGAAACCCGACGUCCCCGCCCCAGCAGGCGUAGAAGGCACCGCAGCUUCGAUGAUGAAAUAGAGAGCGGGGACCCGACCCACCCGGAGCUCGGUACCCGGAACCGACCCAGGACGUGGAUCAUAGUCCGACCCGUCAAUGACGACCCCAUUCAACCCCUUCCUAGGUCAAGAGUUACUCAACACCCGGGUUUGCCGGUUCCACGUGGAGCGGAUCCAGGGAACUAUUAUUUCGGGUCGGGGCUCCAGGGCCUCAUAGAGGAGCUGACACAAAACGACCGACCCGGUCCGCCUCCUGUACCCGAGCCGGCAAUCAACUCAAUCCCGACCGUUAAGAUUAUCGAGGACCAUUUGAGUAAUGACUCGAAUUGUCCUAUUUGCAUGGAGGAGUUUAAGGUUGGUGGUGAGGCUAGGGAGCUCCCAUGCAAGCAUAUAUACCAUGGUGAGUGCAUUGUGCCUUGGCUGAGGCUUCACAAUUCUUGCCCGGUUUGCCGGGUGGAGAUUCCGGUACCGACUGAUGAGGAGUCGGAGGGAUCGAAUAGUGGGGGAGGGGGGAGGGAAAGGCGGGGCGGGAGGUGGAGCAGGUUCGGGUCUUUGUGGCCGUUUCGGAGGAGAUAUCGCCGGAUUGAACCGCAUGGUGGAAAUGAUGAUGGUGAAAGUGCUACUUCUAGACUAACCCAUGGUGGAGUUCUUGCUCUAUUCUUUAGCCUCUGCAUGUUGCUUGCUUCAGUAGCUUACGGUACAUUCCCUUUCAUCAUGCUACAUGAAAAUGAUCAGGUUAUGAACAUGGCUUCUUCUUCUUCUUCUACUGCUGCUCAUGUCCUCCCUCAACAAAAGUAUGAUGUGUUUCUUAGUUUCAGAGCGAUCGAGCAGUCCAAGAUUUCAGUAAUCAUCGUCUCUGAACACUAUGGCGAUUCUAGGUGGUGCUUAGAUGAACUCAAGGAAACAUAUGGGCAAGGUGUGAUCCCCGUUUUUUAUGAGACAGAUCCAACAGAUGUGCGGAAACAGGAAAGGAGUUAUGCAAUUGCAUUUGCAGAACUUGAAAAGAGAUUCAAGGACCACAUGGACAAGUUCCACACAUGGAGGGAUGUUUUGACAAGAGCAGCCAAUGUAUCUGGAUAUUCAUCACAAAAUAGGAGGCAUGAGAAUGAAUUAGUUGAGACAAUUGUUGAGGACAUUUUGUCGAAACUGAAUCGGAAACUUUCAUGUUCCACAAAGGGCCUGGUUGGGAUGGAAAACCACAUUCAACAACUUGAGUUGUUGUUAUGCAUUCCUGCACAAGAUGUUUGCUUCCGCACAGUAGGUAUAUGGGGUAUGGGAGGUUGUGGUAAGACCACCCUCGCUGAUGUUGUUUUUCACCUAAACUCAUCUAAAUUCCAUGCUUGUGUGUUUUUAGCAAAUGUUACGGAAGAAUCAGAGAAACAUGGCAUGUAUCAUUUACGAAUUGAAUUUCUUCGUAAGUUGUUAAAGGAUCGGCAUAUCAGUAUCGACUCUCCAUCCAUAGGGUCAAGUUAUGUUAUAGAUAGGCUUUCUCGUACAACGGUCCUUGUAGUUCUUGAUGAUGUGAUUGAUGAAGUUUGUGUUGUGCUUGUUCUUGUGGUGUGUGAAGACGCAGCGGGAGUUAAAGAAGACAACGAGAAGGGGAUAUUUCUUGAUAUUGUCUGUUUUCUCAAAGGGGAGAAUAUAUUUGAUGCAGAAAGAGUGUUGGAAAUGCAUGGGUUCUCUCCGUUGUCAGGAGUUGGAGUUCUCAUUGAUAUGUCUCUUGUAUCGAUCAUAAACGACCGUGUAGAGAUGCAUGAUUUGUUGCAAGAAGUGGGAAGGGUAAUUGAAGGUGGUAUCGAAACGCAAAAGAUUGUGGAAUGCUAA